GAUUACAUUAACGAAACUUCCUGGACGGAAAACUUACACAUACGCACUGUUGCGUUUAGGGUUUAUAAAAUUAUAUAACCGUGAGCGAGUCUUUGAACGUUGCUGUUGUUAUUAAAAUAUAUCUAAAGCUGUUGACUCCGUUGUGCAGGAGACCCAGGCGUGUUGGAAUCCGUUGGUUAUUUUGUUAUGCACCUUUUGGGUGGAAGAAAAAACGUAAACACAACGACGAGGGCGAAGUGAACUUUUCUCUACAAGAAUUAUAAAAAAAAAAAGAAAAAAGAUCAUGGAGCUUCCAUCAAACCCCGCAGAGCCAGAAAACGAGGCUUUGACGGUGACGAUCAAAACCCCCAAUCAAGCGAUCGAGGACCAGACCGUGCGGGGAGUGCUGCUGACUUGGACCGUGAAGGAGCUGAAGACGCAUUUAACGCGGAUCUACCCCAGCCACCCGCCUGAAAAAGACCAAAGGCUGAUCUAUUCAGGGAAACUCCUGCCAGACCAUCUGCAAAUGAAGGACGUCUUUCGUAUGUCUGACACGCAGCCUACUCUCCACUUGGUGUGCAGCUUUAAGCCCCCCUUGGAUUUGCAUCAGCCCGCACAAGCCAAGCUUACAGAAAGGAAUCCGGGUGUGGACUCUGCCCCUCGCACUCCCAGCCAGGCUGUAGGAGCUGCGUCCCCUCCAGCUGCAGGAGACGGAUUGAGACACAGAGGAAACCUGCAGAAUGGAGCUGCUGCCUGGACACCCCCAGCGCUGCACACAGGAGGAGAUCAGCAGUCACAUCCUGGCUUUGCAGCGUAUUCCAUGUACAACCCACAGCAGCUUCUCUGGCUCCAGCAGAUAUAUGCACGGCAGUACUACAUGCAUUACCAGGCUGCUCUUGCAGCUGCCACCGCCUCCCCUCCAGCCCCCAGCCCCCAGUCUCUGCCCGUGGUGCCCCCCGGUGCCCCCGCCCUGGCUGACCAGGCCCCCGUCAACCAGAACAUCGCGCAGCCCGCGCCCGUCAACCCAGGAGCCAAUCAGAACCUGCGCAUGAACGCCCAGGGCGGGCCGGUGAUGGAGGAGGAGGAGGAGCUGAAUCGGGACUGGCUGGACUGGCUCUACACUGCCUCUCGCUUCUCCGUCUUCCUCAGCAUCCUGUACUUCUACUCCUCCGUGAGCCGCUUCGUGAUGGUCAUGAGCGCCCUGAUGGUCCUGUACUUGUACACUGCCGGUUGGUUUCCGUUCAGACAGAGACCCGCACGACCGGUUCCCAACAAUCCGGUCCCAGCGCGGGCAGCUGAAGACAUCCAAAACCAGGAAAACCAAAACCGCAACGACGCUCCGGAGGACGUGUCUGGGGAGGAGCAAGGGCAGGCGGAGGCACCGCUCCCCGUGAGACGCUCGGUGGUCAUCACAGCCUGGAUCUUCUUCAAGACCUUCUUUUCCUCUCUCGUACCCGAAGGACCUCAAGCGAUCGCAAACUAACGAGGAGAGCAGUGGGCUGAUGUAAACUGCAUUCCACAGGCAUGUCGAUAUGUAUUCCGCUGGCGUCUCCACCAGUCGGCAGCACGGCACAGUAAGUGGCAGGGGUUCCAAUGUAGCUGGCUAUCGCUCACCCUCCACACCAUUUUUAUACCUGAUCUCAAUGUGUGAUGAGGCAGUCUGGACUCUGGGGAUGCUAGAUACUUUAUACAUUAGAUACUAUUGAAUGCCAUCGUCAGUUCACAGUACAGUCCAUUCUACUCUUAUUCAUGCAAACAACAGCCCUGUCAGACCUUCAUUCAGACCUUUAUUGUAUAUUGUAUAGCUGUAUAUACUGUAAAUAUAUGCACACUGGGAAAUAAAUACUGGUGUACAGUAUCACCACAGCACUUUAUGAUGAAAUGUAAAAUCUCUGUGCCAUAUUUAUACCCCUGUAAAAGCACCACAGAAUUCUUUUUUUCUAUUUUAUUUUUUGUGUGUGUGCUACUUUGCAGUCUGAGGUCAGUACACCACUUCAGUAUCGUAAACAAGCUUCAAAAAUCUUUUACUGAUCAACCUUAUUGACAGUAAAAAGUACAAUUACACAGACAGCUCUCCCACUUUCACUAUCUUUUAUAAAAAAAAAAAAAAAAAAAAAGAAUUAAUGAACGACCCUUUGAGUCCAGUCCGUUGCUUGUGCUGUGCAAUGUACUGUCAACAGGGCCAAAUCGUGAAUGAACCAGACGUGUGAGAUACGGUGGGAGCGCUGUGUGUAACUCUUCAGUAUAGCGCAGAAACGCUUGGGCGCUUGCUGCAGUACCAGCUGCAGUGUCUUCUAGUUUAAUCGGUCCUUAGAAACCAAUGGUCCCCAGUACCAGUGUUGUAGGGGUCUUUAUCAUUUCAAACGAGGACAAGUGUGUUACUAGAGCUGCAAUUCUACACUGUUACCUGGAGAGUUGUAAAGAUAACCGGUACUGCAAUUCUGUUCCAGCAACUUUCAACGUUGUAAAUAAGACUAGAAUCUUGAUAUUUUGCUGUGCUCUCUAUACAUUCUCUUACUAUUAGCUGUAUAUGUAGGAGAAUUAUAGUAAGGAUUAGUUUAACUGUACAUUUUGUAUAAAUUCUUUCUUUGAAAAAGAGGCUGGAUCUGUUAGUUGUAUUAUAUUCUGUAUAAUCAUGGCAAGGCUCCCUUUGUCCGAACUGAAGGUGUGUAUCUGUGUAUCUAUAUCUGGAGAGAUUUGGAUGAAAGGGGCUCUGGUCUAUCUCUAUAUAGUAUAUACACAAGCAGUGCAAUCCCAGCUCCUGGUAAUUGUUGCUCGUCAGUCAGCUGGUACCAGCGAGUCAGCUGUUGUUUGUCGCCUAUAUGCAGCUCUUCGUUAUGAGCGAUCUUGAUAUAAAAAUUCACUAUGUUUGUGGAAAGCUUUAUUAAUUAAUAAAGAUGCAUUUUGCGUCAA